AUGACUACGGGACUAACGACCGCGCGAAAUGGGUUUAGAGUUUUCAUUUCAUCAUUCUUAGAGCUCUCUUAUUGUGUAGAAGGAAUAUCUCCUGAAUCAAUAGUCAAAGAUGUUAUCAAAGAAGUUGAGCUUUGUUUUGGCAUAUCUAAUGAUCUCAUGCACGUUAAUUUUAUCGAUAGAGGAGAUCUUAUUGAUUCUUUCUCUUUGAUGCAGUCAAAUAUUGUCAAUGGGUCUGCUUUGCAUGUUACAACAUCAAAAUCACUGGAGGCCUUGUUUAAGUCCAUAAUGACGAGUGAUAUGAAUCUCCUUAUCGAAAUACUUUCCCUACCCAUCUGGACCUUUCAUUAG